GAGCCCAGCGUUAAGGAGCCGGCGCCGGCAGCUGGGUCUCUCCGGCCCCCUGCCCUCGCCUUCCUGCUCUCGGGGCCUCACUCCUCGGGCUGUUCCGGAAGGGGGUUCUGGCCCUGAGGACGAGGACGGGGUGUCAGUCUACUACAUUUUUAAAGAGAACGUGUGGGUGAAAAGACCGAGCGAGGAAGAGCUAUGGACCCUGUGAGUCAGCUGGCCUCCGCGGGCACCUUCCGGGCGCUGCAGGAGCCCCUUGCCUUCCUGCGAACGCUGGAAUUGCUUUUUGCAAUCUUUGCAUUUGCAACAUGCGGUGGCUAUUCUGGAGUCCUGCGGCUGAGUGUGGACUGUGUCAACAAGACGGAGAGUAACCUCAGUAUUGACGUAGCCUUUGCCUACCCAUUCAGGUUGCACCAGGUGACUUUUGAAGUGCCUACCUGCGUGGGAAAGGGGCGGCAGAAGCUGGCCUUGAUUGGUGACUUCUCAUCUUCGGCAGAAUUCUUCGUCACCGUUGCCGUCUUCGCUUUCCUCUACUCCUUGGCUGCCACCGUCGUUUACAUUUUCUUCCAGAACAAGUAUCGGGAAAACAACCGUGGUCCGCUUAUUGACUUCAUCAUCACAGUGGUCUUUUCGUUCUUGUGGUUGGUGGGCUCAUCAGCUUGGGCAAAAGGGCUCUCUGAUGUUAAAGUCGCAACAGAUCCCAAGGAAGUAUUAUUACUGAUGUCAGCUUGCAAGCAGCCGUCCAACAAGUGCAUGGCUGUCCACAGCCCCGUUAUGUCCAGCUUAAACACUUCUGUGGUCUUUGGAUUCUUGAACUUUAUUCUCUGGGCUGGAAACAUAUGGUUUGUUUUCAAGGAGACUGGCUGGCAUUCCUCGGGGCAGAGAUAUCUGUCAGACUCAAUGGAGAAGCAUUCCAGCAGCUAUAACCAAGGUGGUUACAACCAAGACAGCUAUGGGUCAAGCAGUGGGUAUAGCCAGCAGGCAAGUUUGGGGCCCUCCUCUGAUGAGUUUGGGCAACAGCCCAGUGGCCCAGCUUCCUUUACCAAUCAGAUUUAACAGCAUAGUGUUUGCAUUCUUCUGGCGAUAGGCUCACCACCUUCCAUUUCAGUGGCAGAAUUUUAUAAGAGUUUAAAUCAAUUAUUAAUGCAGAGUGCCGAAGGUAAAUCAGAGAUCUGUAGUCCUCAUUAAGGCAGAAAGGCCUGGGUGGUGAUGAAUGGUACUUAGAGAUGAGAUAACAGGAGGAGCUCUAUUAUUCAUCACAGACAGCUAAUUGGAGAGUACCUUGUUAUAUACACAGAUACUUUCAUGGUCGUUUUGUAUGUGUGUUGAGAUAGUAGAAGUAUUUUGUCGCUUAAAGUCUCUAGAAUGUAAUGUGCAUAAAGCAGGUUAAAUAGCACUGGGUUUUCCUAUGCAUUUUAAUGCAAAAGAUGUUUUAACUAUUUCCCUAAGACAAUUUGGUGUAUCACAAUGUGCAUGUAUUAUCUUCGAAUCAUAGGCCCUCUAGGGCUGUGAAUCUUUAAGUAUUUGUUUCAGAAAAUUACUCUGCUUUGUUUUGUUUUUUACUUGAUGAAUCAGUGUUCAUAUGAUUUAGUGCAUGCAUGAGCAUUUUCUCACAAAAAGAACAUUUGAACUGUACUUAUGAAAAUUUUCCAGUUUGCACAAUGAAUUUGUUAAAUGGAUGUUUAAAGAAAUGUAUUCACUACUUUGUAUACUUUGCAAAUUUGUCUCUCUGGUUUUACCCAAGUUGUGAUUGCAUUGUAACUAGGUUGGGUUUUUUUCCUAUUAAUAGACAGUGUUAUAUAGGGUAACUACCCAAUAUUUAUUCUAUUUACUUAAGUAAAUAUUUAUAUUAUUGUAACUUUCAAUGGUGUUUUGUGGCUUUCAUCCUGUAGACCAUAAAUAGUAAGACCCAAUAACUGUAUUGUCUUUAUGGUGUGUUGUUUCCUCAGAAUAACAGAGUUGCAGAUAUCAGAUACCAUAUACAAGAAGCUGUCAUGCUGAAGUAUUAACUUGUAAAGGAUAUUCUGUAGAACCUACAUUCCUAGCUAAAUUUCUAAAUCUUAUUUAUUUAUAAAGUUAAUAUGCUCCUCAAAAGCUUAACUCACUAAUUACAAAUUCUGAUGUGUGUUGUUAACCAUUACAAAGUGGUUUCCAUGCGCCUCUCUCACAGGAGUCUCAUGAAAUAUUCCCCAGAAUGUAUUCAUUAUCAAGAAAAUGCCAAUCUUCAUCUCUUUGUUUUAACUCAAUUGAAACACCAGGGCCCAAAAUUGAGGGCAAGUUGAACCUCUGCAUUUCCAGAUAAAAGUCAUUAUUAUUGAAGUAUAAACUCAUUGUGUCAUCUGUGAUGUUGGAAGCAUUUUAGCAUCAAACAGCCUUGUGUCUUAGAUGAUAUCUGUAACUAGUUUCUGGAUUUCUUUGGAUAAAUUUGUAUUGUGAUAUCUAUUUGACCUUAAUAAAGUUAUUGUAUACAGUG